GGUGCGGGCGACGGCAUUUGGGGAACCCUUUUGGCAGCCACAGCUGGCAACGUCAUCUUCGAAGAGCCUACUAAACUCCCAAUCGCCAGCACAGACACAAAAAACGUUCGAGCUACCUUCUCCUCGGUCGCGAGGCCAUCCAGACUGGGCCAGAACCGCUAUGCUCAGACGGCAACAGCGUUUUACUACCUGCCAACAUCUCUGAUGCGAUAAUCUGCCUUGCCAUCCUCUGCGGCCGACCUCUGCGCGCGCAAGAUGAUGUCUUCCACUACCGACGAGGACCCCUUCCUCCAGGUCCAACGAGAUGUUCUGUCGCAGCUGUCGUCCGCGCGCCCGCUGUUCACGUCCUACCUGCGCAUCCGCUCGCUGACCACGUCGGCGACCUCGCCGGAGCUAGCGUCGGCGCGCGCCGACCUCGAGUCGGCGCUGGCCGCGGCCGCCGAGGACCUGGCGGACCUCGUCGAGUCGGUCAAGGCCGUCGAGGGCGACCCGGCGCAGUACGGGCUGGACGCGGGCGAGGUGACGCGGCGCAAGCGGCUGGUGCAGGAGGUGGGCGGCGAGAUUGAGGACAUGCGCGAGGAGCUCGCCAAGACGGUGUCGCAGCAGGCGGUUGGUGGAGGACCAGGGGGGCGCCGCGGCGCCGGCGGAAGCGACCUCCCGGACCCGAGCGCGUUCGCCAUCGCCGACGGCGACACGGACGGUGGCGACGACUACACGGCCGAGUUCGAGCAGCAGCAGCAGGAGGUGAUGAUGCGGGAGCAGGACCAGCACCUCGACGGCGUGUUCCAGACGGUGGGGAACCUGCGGCGCCAGGCCGACACCAUAGGGCGCGAGCUGGAAGAGCAGGUCGAGAUGCUCGAGGAGGUCGACAACCUGGCCAACCGCGUCGGCGGGAGGCUGCAGACGGGCAUGGAGAAGCUCCGCUAUGUCGUGCGUCGGAACGAGGACCGCCUUAGCAGCUGCUGUAUCGGCGUGCUGAUUAUUGUGCUCAUUGUCCUCCUGGUUCUACUCUUGUUAUUAUAGAAAACCUCGGACAGGCUGGGUGGGAAGCGGGGCGCCUCUUUCAUCACCUCAAUGCGUAGCAUAGACGGGGUAAAGAUGGACAUGAGGUUUGGGGCUAGGCGUUUGAAUUGCCCUUUUUUUUGUUUUCCUUUUCCAAUGCGUCGGGUAUAAGUUACACCGCUGGAACCAGCAGUCCUUUCUAACGGAUACAACGUAUGAUUCGAUUUACACGGUCAAUAUGAAUUCCAAAAAGCUACUCUAAAAUCCCUGAUCUGAAUUACCGAGACCUCGAGGCCUUAA